AUGCAAGAAUACUCGAUCGUCAAUUCGAAGUAUCUCAUGCGCAUCUAUGAAGAUAUCUCUGCAAGUGAAGCCGCGCCGACCUUGUGUGCUGGCACAACGGCAUAUAAGGCUAUUCGCAGUACUGGCCUCACUUCUGGGCAGUGGAUAACAAUUUUUGGAGCUGGAGGCAGGCUGGGCCACUUGGCAAUACAAUACGCCAAAGCGAGCGGUCUGCGGGUAUUUGGAAUUGACACAGGCCCAGGUAAACGGGAGUUAUCAUGCAAAUUGGGAUUCACUUCAUACAUUGAUUUCAUGGAGAGACUAGAUCUCACAGCAGAUGUCAUCCGUGUUACUGAGGGAGGUCCUCAUGGAGUAAUUGUGGUUAGCUCUAGUAGCAGAGCUUAUGAACAAGCCCUGACUUACGUCCGGAAAAUGGGGAUUAUAGUCUGCACUGGGAUCACACCAAACAAGAUGCACUUCCCUAUCGGUCCUGAAUAUUUUGUGGCUCGUGGUGUACGCCUUACUGGCAGUAGCACAGGAACGAUGGAGGAUACGCGCGAGGCACUGCAGUAUGUACGCGAUGGUCGAGUCAAAUCUAUGAUUGUUGAGGUGCGAUUGGAGGACAUCGGGGCGUGUCUGCAGGCACUCGAAAGAGGAGAGGCCGACGGUCGAUUUGUGGUCAAAGUUUGA